AUGGCUCAAAACAGUACCGAACAACCGAAACCAAGGGCUAAAAGAAGCUUGAGUUUGAUGAAAUCCAAGAGCAUCUACAGAAUGACUGGUGCACACCGCCGCAACCAGUCAUCUUCGUCGAUGCCUCCUGCUCCACUGAAGACCUCCGAAGAAUUGACUAGAGUUCUGCUCGAUAAAAAACGAGAUAGCUUGGAAGAGAGUAUUUCUCUGACUCGAGAAACUGCCAUUCAGGCCAGCCGUAAAUCGCUUGCGCUGAUAUUUAUUCUUUGCAGAGUACUCAUAGAAGUGGUGAAGCAAACGUCUUUCGAUAACGAUGAUUUGGGUGACAAAUUGGAAGAGAUUGUGUACACACAGUUGAAGUCGACUGAUCCAGUUGCAACGAGUCAGUCUCUCGUCAGGUCGGCAAAUUGGAACCUUUUCUCAGAGCUAUUGGGAAUAAUGUCUGAAAAACGUUUUAUGAGCGUUAGUGACAGGUUUAUUGCUGACUUGGAGACUAUUCCCCUGGUGGUCAAUCAAGAAGACGAACCAAGGCUCCAUCUUUUGAUCCAUGGCAUGCGUUACCUCAAAUUGACCAAUUACCCAUUGGAAAAUUUUGAAGAAAGUGCAGACUUUUUGCAUUCACUUUCAAAGUUUUUCGCAAAAACCCGAAAUGAAUGUCUUAUAUUUGCCUAUUGUGAAGUUUUGAGUUGCCUCAUGAUACCCUUGGCCAAUACUUUGACUGCAGAAGUUAACCAUCCAACAUGGCUGGAGGCCGUAGAACGCAUAUUUGAUACUGGGUACAGACUAUGGUAUAACAUAGCAAAGUCGACCCUGUCUUCCCAAAACGUUUCACUUGUCAAUCCAAGCAAUGGCUUGUCCAUGCAUCCUUCGAUGUACGCUAAUAAUAGCUGGGCACUUUCCAUGUAUUUGAUGACAUCGGCAUUAUCAGUAUCACGCAACGAACAUUUCUCCAAAGUUUGGUUUCAAAUCAUCGAAGGCAACACAUACAAGCUAAAAGCGAAAGUUGACCCCGAAGAAAAAGCAACCUUUAUCAUUUGCAUUGCUCGCUUGAUAUGGGUAUAUCUCUAUAGAUUGCCAGAAUCGUUGAACAAUACAGUCAAGCGAUUGGAGAGCUUAUUCGAUAUACUUUUCUUUAAUUCCUCGAACUAUAACAAGAAGCAGCAUUGGCUCACAUCGGACUACUACUUGAUCAAUGCCCUUGUACAGUUGAUCAGAAUUGUUGGUUAUCAGCAUUUGAACUUUGUGCUUGAUAAUGUUCUCUUGAAAUUAUUGAAAUCACCCUCGUUGGGAUCGGAAAGACUGCUUUUUGUCCUCAAAAGUUACCUAUUGAUAGUCGAAGACCAUGAAAUGGGGAACAAGCCCGUAUUUCCUACUGAUAAGGUGUUCAGCUCCAGAAUAUUGGUUGAGGAUUUCAGUGUUAAUACAAAGCAAAAUGCUCCGAAGGGAAAGGAAGAACAAUCUCGCAAGAAAAAUGUUACUAUUAACGAUUUCUUGUUCAAAGCACGAAACUCAAACAAUGCUGCUUCUCACGACGAAAUUUGUCGUACCCUUGGUAUAUUCUUAAAGACAUUAGACGAAAAGUUGGGUUGUGUAAUAGUACCACCAGAGCAAUCCGGAAACAUGUCGAAGUCAUUGUCUCCAUUCUCUGCCUUUAAUUUCGGGAUCGAGAAUGCAUUCCAACAAGUCCAAGACGUUGAUAUUGAACUUUUUGCAACUCUCAUUGAUGCCAUUCCGUGGACCAUGAUCUCGCAGUCGGAAAAGCCAUCUGCAUCGGGCCUUUCAUUCAAGGCAAUAGUUGACUUGCUAACAAGAAAUGCAGUACACUCAAACCCUCGUGUUAGCAAGGCGUCAGUCCAGGCGCUCCAUAAUCUUGCAUCGAAAAAGAACGCCAACAUACUUCUCUCGAUCUUCGCUAAAAUUGCGUUUCAAUUCAGCGAAAAACCUGGUCCAUCUUACAGCUCAAACUACUUCAACUCGAACGAGUACCUCAAACUUUGCAAGGUGUACGUGGGGCUCUUAAACUGCUGGCUAGUACAAUUCAAAGAAACCUUAUCCGAAACCAAGGAGAAAAAGAAUCCUUUGGCACAAGAUGACGAAAUGAUGAAUCGUGAUGUACUCAAUGACCUAUACCAAAUCAACUAUAAAACAGACGAUAUUCCCUUGAAUACGGAGACUUCGCAACGGACAAAUGACGAUUUUGAAUGGAAGAACAUCAUUACAGCAAUUGAAGAGAUUGAGGGUAAUGCUCUUUAUUUUAUCUGCUCUCUGGAUGCGAAAAUCAGGCAUUAUGGAAUCUCCAUUCUCAAACUUGUUGAGCUGUUUGACCAGGUUAUUUAUAAAAUCACGGACGAGAAUGAGGUGAGUCUGACUACUAAGAGACCAUCUCACUCACGAAGCGCCUCUAAGUUUGCUGCAGAUAUCGGAACUCGUCUUAUCGAUGUAAUGGAAAACAUAGACUUCUUCGGCUUGAUUCGACCAAUGAAGAAUGAAUUGAGUCUGGCAGAAACUUCCCGACUUGCUAAGUGGAAGAACAAGUCCAACACAUUGAUCAAGCUUGCUGAAUCUGAUCACGGUAUUGACACCACUUUGUGGUUUCGAGUAUACCCCAAAAUGUUGGAAAUCUUCUUUGAGCGUUGUCCCAUGCCUGUUGCGAUGUGCAGACUGAUAAUCUGUAUUAGAAUUGUUCAGAUGCAUGAGUUGGUAUAUGAGUUCUCUGAGAGUUAUAACUCAUUUACCAACUCGUUUUUUUCAAAGAGCACUGAUUGUCCUCCAGAGGUUUUGGUCUCUCAAUGGAGGCUUUAUUUGAUAUUUGCGUGUUGCUCUUUGACCUCCACGAACGAGCAAAAAAUCUCCUUCCCAUCUCAACCAACGCAUGGAAGAAAGAAAUCGAUGCAACUCUUUAUCCAGCAUCAGAAAAUAACCAGUGCCAAGUCAGUCUUUAGAAUGGUACUCCCGCUACUCAAAACUCAACGAACAAUCAUUCGAGAUGCUGUGAUAUCUGGCUUAAGCUGUGUGAACGUGAACACAUUCAGAACGUUCCUUGAGAACAUUCCUGAGACUUUGAAUGACUGGAAUACACAGUCGUCACGUAGGGAUGCUGCUGAGGAUCGAUUGAGAAUUGAGGUCAUACAUGUUUUGUCUAACCUAACGAAACGUCUAGGACCUACUGAGGCAAUCUACAAAGAUGAGUGGAUUGUGAAAAAUCUCGUGGCCAUGAUUAAGCAUCUCAAAACAUUUCUUUCAGACCCAUCAAUUCAAACUAAUGCAGAGUUUCAAAAGCUUCGUCGUUUUUUCUGCAUAUACUUGGAACAUACUUUUAUUGGAUUACAAAAGAAUACCAAUAUUGACCAAUGGUUUCCCUUCGAAGCGAGAAUAGGUUGCUUUAACUACCUCAAAGAAUGGAGUCUAGUUGGUGAAUUUGAGGAUAUUGCUGAAGAUCGAUACAGAACCAUGGUGAACAAAGCCAACCAAAAGGAAGUCACUGCUGCUACUAUUGAGAUUGAAAAGAAGGCAUUCCAGCACGCUUCCUUAAGCUGUAUGGCAGUUCUCUGUUCAGGUCCAGUGAAGCAAGAAAUAGAGUUGCCUGGCCAGGUGGCCGUGAUGUCGUUUGACAUUCCUGGAGUUAUGGCAUGGAUACAUUCGUUAUUCAGCUCUGACCAGGUACACUUGCACGACAUUGGUAAGUCUGCGUUAAGCAAUCUUUUAGCGCAGAACUUUCACGUGAAAGAGAUAUACCAGGAAGUUGUUCGCCAAUGCUACACAUCUCAAAAGAGAUCUGGAGCUACUGGAUGCUAUUUUGUUGUGUUUGCAGAAAACUACAUGAAACGUAGUAUAGCUGAAGACCAGGAAAAGCCGUAUGAAGUGCUUUGCCUCUCGACAUACUUGGUGGGCAAUGAAAGCUAUAAUGUUCGGAGUGUUGCAGUGGAAUUGUUAAACUACCUUGAGGCCAAACAUUUCCAGAACCACUCAGUUGACAAAUUCGUUGAAAGUGUGCACAGUAAAUCAAAGGUGGUGUACAAGAAAGCGUUGUACGAUAUCUCAGCAAGUCUCGCACUUCUGGGUCCUACAGGAUCCUUCAUCAGGAUCAGCUACUUGACAAGAUACUUUAACGUUGUUGAUAGCAGCUCCAGAAGAGAUAUACUCUCUUGCUUGUUGCCGUGGGUGCUGACCAUCAGCCUCGAGUACGAAUCCGAGAAAGCUAUCUCCACACAGACAGAGAAACCACGCACGAGGAAACUCAAUGGGCUGUCGACUAUGGUUCUCAAUAACUUGUUCGAAAUUACGGUUAAUUUCAGUUCAAAGAUUCCAAACGAAGUCGAAGCACUUUGGGUAGCGUUGGCGGCUAAGCCAGAACAUUUUGACAUGGUGGUAGAUUUCUUGAUAAACAAUUGUUUAGAGAGAAGAAACUCCCGAUUUGUUCAGUACGCCCUUCAAGUCAUUAACUAUUUGGCAUUCUCGCAAUCAGAUCAAAGCCACUUGAUUGUGAAACUCAUAUCCAACUUGCAGGCGCGGAAUAUGGUCCCUACGCAGAUGAAGGGCCAGUCUUCAAACGACCAAGGUGAAACGCAUUUCCCCUACGAGGCCAACCUUUGGGAGAUUGUGCCUUCCAGCGAGAAAGACACUGCCUUUUCCUUGGGUCAAUUGUCGUUUAUCUUCCUUAGGGACAUAUUUGUCAAUCGCCAUGAUCAGAUGGUUGAACACUUACCACUUUUGCUCCAUGUCACAUUCUCGUUGUUCGACCACUAUCUUCCAGUCGUUCAAGAACAAGCAACGACGAUCUUGAUCCACCUUAUCCACGCACUAGUUCCCGAAGUUCAACAGGGUCAAGAUUUGAUUCGAAGCUUGAGAAACAAAGAUUCAAAGAAUUUAUGGUUCUACGACGAUUUGAGUAACGACAAAAGAGGUGCUCAGACCCCUAAAAACAUGGAUUUGCUUGUUAGAAAGGUUUUCCACCUAUUUACUCCUCUUUUACCGACACUUCAAUAUGACUGGAGUAGGGUCUCAUUAAAUUGGGCAACUACAUGUGCUGUUCGCCAUAUUGCAUGUCGUUCAUUUCAGAUAUUCCGUUCCUUGUUUUCAUUUCUUGAUCAGGGUAUGUUGCGCGAUAUGCUACACAGACUCUCCAAUACAGUCUCCGAUGACACAGCAGAUAUUCAGGGAUUUGCAUUGCAAAUUCUCAUGACUUUAAAUGCUAUUACUGCUGAACUUGACUCUGCCAAAUUGAUCGACUUCCCGCAGUUGUUCUGGUCUAGUGUUGCAUGUCUCAGUACGAUACACGAACAAGAGUUCAUUGAAGUACUUUCUACGAUGUCCAAGUUCAUCUCCAAGAUUGAUCUUGAUGCUCCUGAUACGGUCUCUUGUCUCAUAUCGACAUUUCCACGUAAAUGGGAAGGGAAAUUUGAAGGUCUCCAUCAGGUCGUCAUGGUUGGACUCAGGUCGUCUACUUCUUGGGAACCAUCUAUCAAAUUUUUGGAAAAGCUCAACAAGUUGAAUGAUAGCGAUAUUCUUGGCUCUGGGAAAUCACGCUUGUUGUUAUCAUUACUUGCCAAUCUCCCUCGCUAUCUUCAUGCCCUUGAGUUGAAAGACAUCACUCCCGACAUUGAGACCUCGGCGAUGACCUUGAGUAAAAUGGCCGACGCAAAUAGUCUUACAUCAUUGUCUCGAAUCUUGGUUUCAAUGUCCAAAAACCGAUUUCGGUCCAAAAAGGAUUUUUUGACCCAGACAGUUUCCACGAUUAGGACCGAUUUCUUCCCAGACUUCGAGGCCCAAACUUUGGUGACAUUAUUGAGCUUCUUGUCAAACAAGAUACCAUGGAUCAAGCAAGAAACUAUGGGGCUCUUAUCUCAAAUUCUCCCGGCGGUAAAUCUCCAACGUGACGAAUUUGUCGGUGUAGGUGCAGACCUCAUCUCGCCGUUGUUACGGUUGUUGCUUACUGAUUUUGCAGAGCAAGCGUUGGAAGUUCUUGACGAGGCAGUAGUGAUUUCUGGAUCACAGCUCGACAAAGACAUGUUAAGAAUGAGUUUAGGCAACUCCACAUUGAAGAAAGAGUAUGAGAAAACAGCAACCUUGUUCGGCAUCCCCGAUGAAAAUGGAUGGGGUGUACCAAUGCCCGCCGUCACGGCCGGCCGGACCCGAAAUAAUGUUCACGCUGUGUUCUCAACUUGUGUUGUUGCGCCAGUUGGCGACGAAAAUGAAGGUCCAGAAGCCCUCGAUGACGAAGAUAUUCAAUUUCAUCGCGAAGAUUACACUGGAGACUACGGCGACACGAUCUCUGUGAAUGUCGACGACCAUGAUGCAACUUUAAGCAAUGUGUGGGCUGCCUUGGACGACUUUGAUUCGUUCUUCACCAAAGAAAAUGGUGGCCAUGGCAACGGUAUUCCCAACCCAAUGACAUUUGCUAGCAAAAGAAGAGACAACGGUAGACACAAUCGAAACAUAUCGCAAGAAACUGGACAUAGUAACUCCAGCGAUCCAAUCACUCCUAUGGAUUCAGUGCCAUUGGUGUAUGAUAAUAAGGCAUCUGUGAUUCUCAACCGAAGCUUAGCAAGAACCCAAUCGAAUUCCUCGUUCAAAACAAGUCUUGCUGACUCCAUAGGGAACACCAACUACGUUUCUUCUCCAAGUAACGUUGCACGCCGGUCGUACAUUCCAUUCAGAAGUAGCCGACACAAUACCCCAAGUAUGAACAAAAACGAAGGAGGUUUCACAUCUCCCCUCGUACCAGCUCCUACUACGUUUGAGAUUGGUGCGAAUUACAGGUCCUCGCCUUACUCUCGAGAAAAAACUAGUCCGUCUACAACUUCGCCAACACUCUCUGUGGCUAAUGCACUGGAGAAUGCAAGCCACGAAAAAAAGUUCGAAGGACUUCUUCAUGGAAAAAUCCGGUCCAAGAGACCACCAAAAGGGUCGCCUGGUAGCCCUAAUAAUAGCCCUGAUUUACAAGCAAAGGGUCAUUGGGCGAGAAAUACUAGUACCUAG